AUGAUGAGUUCUUAUCAUAUCGCACUGGUUUCAUAUAAUUGUUGUCUUUUCUUUAUAUUGUUUGUCAGUAAGUUUAUUUCCUUCGUGUUUGCAUCACAAAAUGUGAUGCUGCCUUGAACAUUUGCAGGCAUAAUUGAGUGGAUUUUGAUUUUGUUCAACAUGCACUUACCUUGCUUAGCCAGUUUAUAUGAUUGUUGUAUAAUCAGUAUACCUCUCUGUUUUGUUAUUGUGGAGAGGGGAAGUGAACAUCCUGGUAGGAAUGGGGGCUAGGAAGUAUUGUAUAGGGUAAGAAGAGUUGACUUGGUUGCUGAAAAGUGAGAAUCAAAAUACGUCUGUUGUUAAAGUGUUGUCUUGGUUAGCCAGAAGAGAAAUGUUGCUUAUUCUCUUUGAAGAAAGAGCAAGGGAAGACUGCAUACAAAUACAAUCCUCCCCUGACCCUUGCAAAGCAGGGAUCCUCUUGAAUUGGGGAUGCUCUUCCUUCAAGCUUCUAACAUGAAAUGCCAGACAGUAGGAGAUGUUAAAUAAAACUUCAAGUGCUCUUGUAAGUUAAACACUACCAGACUUUGGAUAUCUAUUACUACUUGGAAUAUGCCUGCAACACACAAACUGCUUGCUGUCAUGAGAAAACUAAUCUACCAUCUAGCUUCUACUAUACAUUUAGGUAAUGUUUCUUAACCAAGAUAUGGGGUGGAAAAUGUUAGAUGUGAGAAGUAUUCCGAAUGUUUGUCCUUUCCAACGUGUUUGUUAAAUUUAUCUGGUGACCAUUGGAAAAGAAGUCACAUGACUUCUUAACUUGAUUUUUUCAGAUAUGCUUAUCCCUCCCCCCCUCCCUCUCAAGAUAAGCAUAUCUUGGUUUUUACAAAUAAGAAAAAAAUGAUGUUUGUGUCCUCUAGUGCAUUCCAAAAAAUUUAAGAAACAGUUUGAUAAAAAUUUUGGAAUAUUUCCCAGUCUUAUCUUGACCAUUCCAUAUCUUAGUUCAGAAAGCAUUCCGGCCUUAUCUUAAUACUCCUUUAUCUUGCUCAUUUUAACAAACACUACUUUAGUGUCACUGAUAUUUGCAAUGCUAUAUUGUGCAUAUGCAUGCAAUUCAUGUUAGACCUAUUUGUGUCCUCCCUUGCCAAAUAAAUUUGGUUCUUGUGUUCAAGGGCAUGGGGUAAUUGCUUCAUCAUCUGUUGAAGAUCUCUCUAUGUAGCUUGAGUAAAAUGCCAAUCUACCAAUGAAACCACUAUUUUUCUACAUAUUUCGUUCUAAUAUUGCAUGUAGACUAGUUGGGAACCCCACAUUCUUCUCUCCACAAAAAGCUAAUUGAGAUGUUUUUGUAUGAGCUCCUUAUUCACAUGGAAUGUUGAAUGGAUAACUCCUACUUGUAGGCCAGUAUUGAUAUUGUUUCGAACACCUUUAAUUAUCAAAAUAGUUAGGAGAUAAUCUGGGAUUCCUCCUCAAGUAUAGAGAUGCUUGUUGUCAUAGGGCUGAAAUGAGCACAAUUUUUUUGCCUUCUAAUGGCACCAAGUUGUAGCACUUUGUUUGAGCUAAUCUAUGUGUCAUGGCCCUAGGUUUUCCUAGGGUUUAGAAUGGGAUUUGGAGGAAAUUGAGAAAGAAAGAACAAAAGGGAGGGGGAAAAAAGAACAGAAAGUGGGAGAAAAUGAGAAGAAAAGGGGGAAGGUUUAGACAUCAGAGAGGGAGAGAAGAAUUGAGAGGGAAAAUAGAUUUGGUUUCAUUCAAUCUUUAGCUCCUUAUUCUCUAUUCUACAGCUUAUUUAUAGGCUGUUAUAUCCAUGUAGUUAUUAGCAACUUAACAACUGCAGUUAUUAACAAACUAACAACGAAGCACACAUUACACAGCCUAAUGUACAACUAAGGGAAAAUACACACAAAAGAACAAUUACUACUAAUGCCCUUGGGGUCAUGACAAUUCCCCCUUUUUUUUGAGAGGUUUCUUGUCCCCAAGAAACUUAUUACAACUGUGUCUUCUUUGUCACCCAAUUUCUGCUGCUUCUUCUCCAUUGUUUUCGUUCUCCACUCCUUCCAUGUUCAAUAAUUGUCUUCGAUAUCGGUGGCUGGGUUUGAAUUUAUCUCCACACUUAUAACAUGAUCCUAAUUUCCUUCUUUGCUCCAUGGUAGAUGGUUUGGCUACAUUAGGGCUUGGAUAAACCUUAGAAUUCACAUUUACUUGAUUCCACUCCAAUGGUUGAUAGAACGAAUGUUGAGUUACCGUUGCGAUCGUGUUCUUGUUGAAAAUCGCUUCCAAUGCAAGCUCCUGUAACUUUGCCUUCUCAGCAACUUGCUUCAUUGUCACUAGCUACAUCAUCUUGACCAUCAGCCUCAACUCAUCCUUAAGGUUGCUAAUGAAGAUGGGCACAAAAUAAUGCUCUGUUAGCGCUGGCUGUGAACUCCACAUCAAAGACCUUAAGUCCUCAAAUCGAAUUUGAUAGUCAACCACUGAUCCUUUCUAUCUCAAUUUAUUAAAUUCUUGAAUCACAUUUGUCAUAGAAUUCUCUCCAAAAUGUUCACACAGGUCUUUUGCAAAUUUAGCCCAGUUGACCUCAAAUCUCCUUGUCUAAAGCUAACCUUAGUACCAUGAAUUUGCCGUAUCACUAAGGUAGGCUGCUGCUGGAUUAAUUUUCUGUCCUUUUGCUACAUUGUAAAACUGAAAAAAUCUCUCACAUCUACAAAUCCACCACCUUGGUUUCAAUCCGUCGAAAACUGGUAUUUCUAGUCUUGGUGCGGGAGCGUAAGUAGAGGUUUGAGAAUUGCCUCUUACUGGAACGGUUGGGUCUACGAUCGAGAGCUCUUUAGCCUGUUGCACUCCUAAAAUUGUAGGAAAUCCAUCAUUGGGCAAAAUUGGAUCAGAAACAAAUCUUGGUAGAGAUUCCAAUUCGGAAGCUUGAGGGAGAAUUCCAUCACCAGGCAAGAUUGGAUUAGAAAUGGUCCUCGGUGGGAAAUUUGCUGGUAAUAGCAUGUUGCGGUGGUUUCUCUGAUCACCGGUUGCCGUCGCCUCGCUGGUCCAAAUUCGGCCAUCCUCUUCCCAGCCAACCCUAGAUCUAGCUACUGUUGUUCUAGAUUUGUUCUGCCUUCUCCUUGAACGUACAACCCGACCUGCUCUGGAUCUGUUGUGUUUUCUGCACAAUGUCUUCAUCUCUAGCACACUCUUCAUCCACAAGCCGCUCCACCAUGUCCACACCUGUAACCAUUCCUCAUUUUUCGGGCACACUAGUUAUUGCCACGAAGAAGUUGAGUGGACAGAAUUAUUUCGCUUGGUCAUCUGCAGUUGAGAUUUGGUUUCUUGGACAUGGUCUUGAGGAUCAUUUAUCAAAGACUAUUUCAACUAUUCUUGAGGGAGAUCAACCUCUUUGGCGGAAGGUGGAUGCCUAGUUACUGAUUUUAUUGUGGCAGACUAUUGAGCUGACUUUGAUGCUGAUAUUUCGACCUCUUCGGGAGUGUAGUGCCCUAUGGACUCGGGCUUGUGAGCUGUAUACGAGUGACAUCACUCGUAUUUAUGACGUGAUUAGUGCUUUGUUCAAUCUACGACAGACUGAUUUGGAUAUGACCACGUAUUUGGGUAAACUCCAAGUUUCUAUUAUUGAUUUUAAUGAGUUGAUGCCAUUUGAUACAGAUAUCAAGAAACAACAGCAACAGCGUGAUCACAUGUUUAUUGUCCUCUGUCUUUAUGGAAUUCGCCCAGAGCUCGAAUCCGUUAAGACACAGAUUCUCGACACUGCUUCUCUCCCACCUUUGACAAAGGUAUUUGCCAGGCUACUUAGAGCCUCUUCUGUUACUGCUGAUCAUGGCAUGUCCAUACCUGGAGAUCACUCCGCCCUUGUUAUGACCUCGACUGAUCGUGGUUAUCGUGGUGGUCGUGCUCGGCCCCAGUGCUUCUAUUGUAAUCGUCUUGGUCACACUAGAGAGACCUGCUAUCACCUACAUGGUCGUCCACCUCAGGCAGCCAGUACUGCUAAUAUGGUUGUUGGUACUUCAGAGGGUCAGACAUCUCUCACACCCAGUGAUUCCUCACCAGUGACUAUCUCUGAGGGGGAGUAUGCUCAGUUCCGGGCAGCACAACAGGCUACUUCACCUAUCACGUCCCUUGCUGACACCGGAUUGGAGGAUCGGACGGACGAUUGGCACGGGGCUUGAGUCUCAUGGCCUCUACUAUCUAUCUUCCCCUACUUCCUCAGUGGCGUGCACGAUGACUACUUCCCCACUAUAGGUCCAUUGUCGACUGGGGCACCCAUCUCUUCCAAAUCUCAAGAAGAUGGUUCCCAGUCUUUCUCAUAUUUCUUCCUUAGAGUGUGAGUCUUGUCAACUUGGGAAACAUAGUCGUAGUUCUUUCCCAAGUACAUGCAAUAAACGUGUUAGUUCUCUUUUUUUAGUAGUCCAUUCAGAUGUAUGGGGUCCCAGUCAUGUUAGUUCAAAAGACGGUUUUCGGUAUUUUGUAACAUUUACUGAUGAUUUCUCUCGCACUACAUGGCUAUAUUUAAUGAAAACGCGUUCAGAAUUAUUUUCAGUAUUCACUACAUUUUGUACUGAAAUUAGAACUCAAUUUAAUUUGCCUAUCCGUGUUCUUCGUAGUGAUAAUGCUAUUGAAUAUUUGUCUCUCCCAUUUAAAUCUUAUAUGGCAUCUAAUGGGAUUCUUCACCAAACUUCGUGUCCUGGAACCUUACAACAAAAUGGGGUGGCUGAAUGCAAGAAUCGUCAUUUAAUUGAGACAGCUCGCACGCUCCUUCUUCAUAUGCAUGUUCCGAUUCAAUUUUUGGGUGAUGCUGUCUUAACUGCAUGUUACUUAAUUAACCGCAUGCCAUCUUCUGUCCUUAAUGACCAGAUUCCUGAUUCUGUUCUUUUUCCUCGAGUUGACUUAUAUUCUCUCCCCUCUUGUGUCUUUGGGAGUACUUGCUUUGUUCACCAUUUUGCCCUAGGUCGUGAUAAGCUCUCUGCUCGUUUCAUCAAAUGUGUCUUUCUAAGGUUAUUCUCGCCUUCAGAAGGGGUAUCGUUGCCACUCUUUUCAAUUCACUCGAUAUUUUGUUUUAGCAGAUGUUAUCUUCUUUGAGUCAUCUCCUUAUUUUCCCUCUUCGUCUGAGGUCUUCGAGUUCGUGUCUGCUGGCUUACCUUUGCCUGUUCCUUUUCUUGACCUUUCAUUAUCUCCAUCUCCACCCCCCAUUACCUCUCGCCUUGAUCGCCCCAAUCUUCAGGUCUAUCAACGGCGUCCACAGACUGUGGCCCAACCAGCACUGCCUGUCAUCACUAGUCCGAGGGAGCCAUCUCUUGACUCAUCCUCUGUGCUGGUUAGCUCUUCCUCCUCUGGUUCGUCGCCUUCGGCUUCUGAUCUUGACUUACCUAUUGCUCUUCAUAAAGGGUGGCGGGCUGCUAUGGUUGAAGAAAUGUUUGCUUUACAUUCCACCGAGACUUGGGACUUGGGACUUGGUAUCUCUUCCCAAGGGUAAGUCUACUGUUGGUUGUUGCUGGGUUUACACUGUUAAAGUUGGCCCUGACGGCCGGAUUGAUCGUCUUAAGGCUCAACUUGUUGCCAA